AUGGCGCCUUCAGUCAGAUACUACAAUCAAACAGCUCCCUUUUGGGACUUCAUCGCCAGCCUCGAGGAGCAAGGAAUUACUGGCAACAACGACGUAAACGACGACACAAGCCGCCGAGAAGAGACCUCCACCAACGAGAACGAGCGCGGUGCCAAUCCCUGGUCGGAAGGUGGUUGGGCUACAUUCCCAUGGGGCCCUGUCCCACACCGCGGGCGCCAUGGACCACCUGGCCCCGCCGCCGGAGCCUCCGAUCCUGAGGAAGGCUCCUCUCAGCCCAAAGGCCCUCCGCCACCUCCCUCAGAUGAAAAGCAUGACGAGGCUCCCCGUGCAGGCCCCUCUCACGCCCACGGGCAUCACGGUCCCCACCGCGGACCCGGCUCCCGCGGCGGUCCCUGCAGCGGCAAAGGUCGAGGAGGAGGUGGAGGAGGUGGAUGGGGCGGUCGUGGUCGCGGGCGCUUCCACCCAUACGCCUCCGGACCCUUUGGUGCUUUCGCCGACAUGUUCCAAUCUCAAGUCUUCGGCGGACCGGAAGGCAACGAGAACAAGCACAACAGCGAAGACUUCCACCCGGAUGUCGACAUCUUCGAUACAUCCGAGUCCUUUGUCGUGCACGUCUCCCUCCCUGGAGCCAAAAAGGAAGACGUGGGCGUGAAUUGGGACGCCGAGAAAUCGGAGCUCAGUAUCGCUGGUGUGGUGCACCGACCUGGCGAUGAAGAGUUUUUGAAGACGCUUGCGUUGGAUGAGCGCAAGGUCGGUGCUUUUGAGAGAAAAGUGCGGUUGGGGAGCAGAGCGAACCCGGCGAGCAUUGAUAUCGAUGGUAUCACGGCGAGGAUGGAAGAUGGGGUGUUGACUGUGGAGGUACCUAAGCUUGAUGCUGGGUAUGUGGAGAUCAAGAAGGUCGAUAUCGAGUAG